GAUUACUCGCGAAAUCGCAUUGGAAUUGUGGUGGUUCUUGUUUAAACUUCUGUUCUUUAUUGAAUCAGGCUUUGCAUAUACUUAUUUGUUCGGGAUGGUUUUUGGUAUUGGAUUGUGGAUAAUAUAAUCAAUUUCCGUACGAAUAUUUUCUUCGUGGAUUUCGUUUCAUCAUUCUUUGUAGAGGGGAUUUGGAGGAUCAGAACCGGCAUCCUUUGGGUUUUUGUAGUCAUUUGGGAAUUGGGAUUGUGUUGGAUCUUAGUCACGACUGAUGUUGUGUGCUUGAAGAGGUCUUCGAGGGAGAUACAGAUUGACUUUGCAGGCUGUUUUCUUUAUUGUGGUAUGAAAUAAUAUUUGAUUGGGGAGGAUCGGAAGGGUUUAUCUAGAUAUGGAGGGGUUUGGAAAGAGGUUUCGAGUGUGACUUACUUUUAUGACUCCAAUUGGAUUUCUUGUAAUAAGUUGUUUGGUAAUUUCCCUCUUUUCUAUAACAUACUACUGGGGCUCAUUUUUCUAGGUGCUGAUUUUUUGGAGGGUUGACCUUGUUUUCUCGUGGCCUUUUUGGUUGUUUCAUUCUUAUUAGUUACUACUGAAAGUUGGUUUCUUAUCCUUAAAGGAGAUAUGAUUAAGCUGUUUAAAGUAAAGGAGAAGCAGAGAGAACUUGCUGAAAAUGCCAACAAUGGGGUACCUACGAAGAAGCAAAGUGCUGGGGAAUUACGUCUUCACAAAGAUAUUAGUGAGCUGAAUCUACCAAAAUCAUGCAACAUAACCUUUCCCAAUGGCAAGGAUGACCUCAUGAACUUUGAGGUGACAAUACGACCAGAUGAGGGAUAUUACUUAGGAGGCACAUUUUUGUUCUCCUUCACAGUUUCCCCCAUCUAUCCGCAUGAAGCACCUAAAGUCAAGUGCAAGACAAAGGUUUACCAUCCAAACAUCGACUUGGAAGGAAAUGUCUGCCUCAACAUCUUACGGGAAGAUUGGAAACCUGUUCUCAAUAUCAACACUGUUAUUUAUGGACUCUACCAUUUGUUCACGGAACCAAACGAUGAGGAUCCGCUUAAUCAUGAUGCUGCUGCAGUUUUAAGAGACAAUCCCAAGUUGUUUGAAUCUAAUGUGAGAAGGGCUAUGGCUGGGGGUUACGUGGGACAGACCUUUUUCCCACGCUGUAUGUAACUUUCUCUGAAUCCGACCUUCCUAUUCACCUUUUCCUGUGCUGUAUUUAGCUCUUGUCUCUCAGUACACCAAGUGCUCAUUUAGAGAUAUCACCUACGCUUGUGUUAGCCAAUGGACUUAGCGACGUUAAUGUGUAACAUUUCUACAUUGUUAAUUAACAAGUUACAUUCUCUCCCGUAUUAUCUUAAUAUUAUGGAUGGAAGCCAUGGCAUGGGGCAGGCAAGUCCUUCAAA